GUUUAUGGCCUUUAUUCUUCUUGUUUACAGGCAGCAUUCUGUGUCAUAUUCCUGAUAUUACUUGUUCAAGGAGAAAAUGAAAACGAAGUCAGUGAGACAGACAUGGAAUUGCAAGGUGCUUGAUAAUUAUUUCUCUCUCACACAAAUUCAAAUUGAGUUGAAAACGAACCUUUAUCACUGACUGUAUCUAUGUGUUCGUCUAUAAAUUCUUUUUAUUUUCCAGGCCAUAAUCUUAGAGAAAAGAGGAGCGUCGGGUGGUGGGGAAGGAGGAGCCGCCGUCAUUACCGCCCCUCUUACCGCCGCCGUUACCGUUAUGGUUACUGCGCACGCUAUUGGGGUAAGUAGCUUAUUCUGUUUUUAUUAAAAUAAAUCAGCUAAAAAAUUUCUUUUACAGUGAACGCGUUAUGCACUCUGAUGGUAAAUGGCGAUGUAACCUCGUGCCCAGAUCCUGCCGUUUAAGUAACCGAAAUGCCUUUUCAGACUUGGGGCAUAUUUUCGCCAAACCUAAGGAUCCUGUCACGAAAGAACAACGAACCGACGCCAUUUCUUCUAUUCCUUGCAAUGACUGUGACAACCAAUACAUUGGACAGACCAAACAUCAGUUUGGUACACGUUUAAAAGAGCACCAAAAAGCGGUUUUUCUUUACAAAAAGGAAAAUUCAGCUUUAUCGGAGCUACAUGCCUAACUAACCAUACAAUUGGGUGGGAUAAUUCUAAAAUUAUCACCAGUAAUCGGCGUUACCACUAGCGCCUUUGUUUGGAGGCUUGGCAUAUUAACUCCGCCCACGCUCCUUUAAAUCGUGACGAUGGCGGUUUGCUUCCUGACGCCUAUUUACACCUCGUCAGAAAAAAGGCCGCUAAUUAGUGAUCAUAUAAAAGGACCUCUUGUUGCAGCGUUUAGAUCACCCCUGAUGAAGGCACUAGACAGGAGUGUCGAAACGUUGGGUCUAUGAAUUGUAACUUCUUCGGUUACAUUCAUUAAAUCUGUAAACCAGAGUAGCAUCAAACUAUGUCUGCAACUAACUGUGUUUUUCUUAAACAGGAAAAAGGAAGUAUUACAUACUCAAAUCUGUACUGAAAGAAGUAGACUGCUUGAAUAAUACAAAUUGUCAAGAAAGUCAAGUCAAAAUCUUUGGUAAGUAUCACGUGAAGUUACUAACCCUGAUUAGAGCUAGACCAACAACAAAAUGCUGAAAAAGUAAGUAAUCCAUGCCAGAAACGGAGGGGAGACACUAUUUCCAGAGAAAUGCCUGAUAGAGAAAGCAUUUCUACCUAAACAAAUGACGCAAUUGCCAAGUAAGCCGAAGCAUAAUCAGAUCUUGAGUUUAGGUUGCUACUGAUUAAACCUUUCACUCCCAAGAUAUCAUUAUUUAUUCUCCUUAAUGUCUGCCAUGUCAUUCUCAUUAUGUUUGUUUAGAGAAUUUGGUAGUUGAUGAACUAAUCAUGCCCUCAUUGAUAUGUUUUUCUUUAUUCUCAUCACUUGUCUGCUGAAUAUUGUAUUAAUAUUAUAAGGAGAAAUUCAGUUUUGGUCACACUGGAUAGUAAGAAGUUGGGGGGGGGGGGAGAAGUUGAAGGAAUUUGUUUGUGUCACAAUAAAAUUUACCUGAUUUCCCCAUAAGGCUCUGUAGUAUUCUAAUGAUUGCCCCUUCAUUAGCCGUCAAUUUUCUAUAGUCCUUCCUUUAAAUUGUAAUGGAGACGACUGAUCCUUCUCUCAGUUCCCCCUAAAAACCAUACGAUCCCCCCCGGAAAACACAAACAGUCCUACAAGCGAUAAAUGAUGGUUUUUUUCCCCUAAUUUUUCGAUCCUAAACUAAACUGAUGCAUUUUCAUACCAAUCAUUCUGAUCUUUUUCGGAGGGAGUCCAUAGUUCUCUAGAUCGAAGUUGUUCUUAUCACCCUCUUUAUUGUAUAAGUAAAACGGUUAGUUAUUUGUUUAAAGCAAGGACGCGCUAUAAACAGAGUUGUACCAUUUAUCAUAUCACUAACAGGAGAGAUUUUCAAGCCACCCACUCCAGCCCCACCCAUGAGUCCUAUUCCGUCGCCUUCCUCCAGUCCGGUGAUGACCGUAUCGCCUUCAAGUUCACAAGUUGUAUCGUCGAUGCCGGCCGUAUCACUUUCAAGUUCACAAGUUGUAUCUUCGAUGCCGGCCGUAUCACCCACACCAUCCUCCAGCAGUGUAAUGGUUUCACAGACUGUUUAG